AUGAACGGGAAUAAUAUAAAAGUUGUUGUGCGUUGUAGACCUUUAAAUGCCAGAGAAAAGGCUCGAGGCGCACAAUGUCUCGUUCGAAUGGAGGGCAAUAAAACUAUUCUAAGUAAACCUGGAUUACCUUCAUCCAAAGAAGUGGAUAUAGCACCGAAAGCAUUUACAUUUGAUCAGUCUUAUUGGUCUGCGGACAAAGAGGAUCAGAAUUAUGCAGAUCAAGAGAGAGUCUAUAACGACCUUGGAAGGGAAUUGCUAGAUCACGCCAUGAACGGAUACAAUUGUUGUAUCUUUGCCUAUGGUCAGACUGGUUCUGGUAAAUCUUACUCCAUGAUGGGCUAUGGUGAGGAUAAAGGUAUUAUUCCGCGAACGUGUCAAGAACUCUUUGACCGCAUUCGAUCUGCCAAAUCAGAUACGACUGACUUUCAAGUAGAAGUGUCUUACAUUGAGAUUUACAACGAAAAAGUGCGUGAUUUGCUCAACCCUCGCAACAAGAAUAAUUUGAAAGUGAGAGAACAUCCAGUGCUAGGCCCUUACGUACAAGAUUUGUCUCGGUUAGCUGUCAACUCAUACGAGAAUAUUGAUCAGCUUAUGGAUGAAGGCAACAAGGCUAGAACAGUCGCAGCGACGAAUAUGAAUGAAACUUCAUCGCGGUCGCACGCUGUUUUUACGAUUUUUGUUACUCAGAAAUCGACGAUGAAGGAUACGAAACAAACAACAGAAAAAGUGGCGCGUAUUAGUCUGGUCGAUUUAGCCGGUAGCGAGCGUGCCAACAGUACAGGUGCCACCGGGGUACGUUUGAAAGAAGGCGCCAAUAUCAACAAAUCAUUAACGACAUUAGGAAAAGUCAUAGCCGGACUGGCUGAACAAUCAUCAGCCGAAUCAAAAAGAACUGGAACGAAAAGACAACAGCAGAAAGAGACAUUUAUCCCUUUCCGAGACUCUGUAUUGACCUGGUUACUGAAAGAUUCUUUGGGCGGUAAUUCGAAAACAUGUAUGAUUGCAGCUAUUUCACCAGCUGAUUACGACGAAACACUCAGUACACUGCGAUAUGCAGACCAAGCAAAAAAGAUCAAGACGAAAGCUGUAAUUAAUGAAGACCCCAACGCAAAAAUGAUGAGGGAGUUGAAGGAAGAAGUUGAGGCACUUCGUCAAGCACUUAUGGUGUAUGCUCCAGAAGAAGUUGAAAAGAUAAAAGAGAUUGCACAUCCUGAUCCCGCUAAAAAACAAGUAAACACUGCUGAUACGAAUGUUAGAAAAACAUCUACAUCAAGUGCAAUGGCUACAACAACGUCAAUAAAAGCACCUGCCUCAACUGUCGUCUUCACAGAUGCCCAAGGAAAUACAACAGAAAUGACCAAGGAGGAAAUGGUGGAUCAAUUGCAAACUACAGAAAAACUAUUAAAAGAAAUGAAUAAGACAUGGGAGGAAAAGCUUAAUAUGACAAAGAAGAUUCAAGAAGACCGAGAAAAGGUCCUCAAAGAUUUAGGCAUCACCGUUCAGAAAGACAAAGUUUUUGGACUUUAUACACCGAAGGAAACGCCUUAUCUUAUCAAUUUGAAUGAAGAUCCUUUAAUGUCGGAAUGUCUGAUGUAUAAUAUCAAACCAGGCAUAACAUUUGUCGAUCACGGCACAGUAUAUGAAGAUGAGCAUCAUAGUGACAGCAACGCGUCCACAGAAACAGCAAACGAUAUGGAAAACAGACCAGAAGAUAGCGCUUCCAUUCGACUUAGCGGUUCUAAUAUUAGCAACAAUCAUUGUCAUUUCGCAAACACGAACGGCACUGUUACAUUAUACCCUAGAAAAGGUUGCACAACUAUGGUCAACGGUAUGCGUAUUACAGAACCGAAAUUGCUUAAAAGUGGAUACCGCAUUAUUUUAGGCGACCAUCAUGUGUUUCGAUUCAAUAAUCCUACUGAAGCACUAAGAGAAAGGAAUGAAAGCAUACAACAUCAGCAACAACAAAGUAGCAAGUCAGAAGACUCUAUGAACGGUAGUAUAUUGACCACUCCCUCAUCUCCACAUGCUUCCGCAUCUGAAAGGGACCUUUCUACACCCUCGCCGCCUCCGCCGCCUUUCAACAGCGAAAUUGUGGAUUGGAAUUUUGCUCGUAAAGAAGCAAUGCUCAAUACUUACAUCAAUGAAUCAAGCUUUGAUAACUUUACAGACGAAGAUUUGGAAAAACUUUUUGACGAUGUAGCUAAAGUUCGCGUUAUACGUCAACGACACCAAUCUGUUUACUCAGAUACAAGUACAAUGCCUUCACAUCGUACAUCAUAUCAAAGUAUUUACUCGACACGACCAUCUUCCAUUUCUUUAGAAAAUGAAGACAAUUACAGUACAACAAGUUCAAAUUAUAUAACAGAUAACACCAGUACAACCUCUUCCUCUCUACAUUACCUACCAGGAGCCGAAUCUUCUAACCCAUCUGCAACGAAGCCUUUUUUGGACUCGCACAAUCGCCACAGCUACAAUGCCAACCUGAACCGUUUAUCACAACGUUUUUCGUCGUCAUCUUGUCAGCAAUUGCUGCACCAGCAUCAACAGCCCAUGUCGUCGAAGGAAGAACGGCUUGCGAGAAAAGUAAUUCAGCACUGGAGGUCGAAACGGAAUGUAUCUUUGGCAAAAACAAUCCUUACUCAUGAUACCUAUGUUCGGCAGGCAAACGAACUUGCAAAGAAAGCUGGCAAAAACGUCUUCUAUCAAAUGACAGUGAUCGAAACGCAAUUGGGUGCUAAUGCUAUUUCGCUAUAUGACGGGUCAACACAUCAUCAUCAGCAGCAGCAAAGAUCUAUAUCAGCUCAAAUUGUAACUGAUGUAGAUUUAAUGAAAGUUCGCAAACCUUGCAUUGCUGUCAAAGUGAUAGAUUUGGAUCAUCAGUCGAGUUAUAUAUGGUCUACUGAAAAGUUCAUGGCCAGAUUUCGAUGUCUUCAAGGAGGCGGUGCUUACUUUGCUUCAGAUCAUCGAAAGAAAUAUGUGAAGAGAGGCGAGGAUUUGUUUUACAAUAAUGAUAUUCCAGCUUAUGUACUAGUGGGAUUUGCCAAAGUUCCUUCAAGAAAUCUCGCUACUCAAGUACCUGUGGAAAGCAGUCUUUCUAUUCAUUGUCAAAGCACAGGAGAAUGUAUGGGACAAUUAAAAGUACUAGUAGCGCCUAUUGCUCGAUCCGUUCGUCAUACGGUGUUGAUGGAGCAACACCAGCCACGACCAGAUGAAGAUCCUCAUCAUUUGCUCCAUGUGGGCCAGAAACUCGUUUUCGAUAUCUCCAUCACCUCUAUCGAAGGUGUCUCUUCUAAGCUCUUUUCCCAACUACACGCUCAAUUCCGACUGUCUGCAUUUGGUCAACAUCUCGACGGUGUCUUUGCAACAGAACCUGUUCUGUGCCAUUCUUCUACCAUAUAUCUCAAUUAUCAUCAAACAUUGUCCAUGGCAAUUACAGAGGAGGUUUUAAAUGCUAUAGAGACACAAAAUUUGAUUUUUGAGCUGUAUGGUAAACCAACAACAGAGUAUUUAGAAAGACAAAUACGGAAGAUAUAUUCUAUUGGUACUCCAGAAAAUGCGAUUGUGCCUCAUAAGCCAUCUGAUGAUGUGAUAGCCACUAUUCAGAUAUGUGAACUCACGCCGGAUGGUGACUACAAACCUGUACCCGUGGAAACUGCCCCCUUAGGAGCAGGAGAUGUGUUAGGGCAAUACGACACGUUCUCUUUGCAGCAAGGCCAACAACGACGAAUCAGCGUAUCUAUGUCUGGUUCAGCAUCGUUAGAGAAAGUAAUCGACAUGUAUAUAGGCAGAAUACGUUUGAUAGACACCACAAAAAAUCAUCGUAUGAUAGACUCUCCUCAUUACAGUAAUAAUUCACACCAAGAUAUUAUUCCUCUCCAUAUUCUUCCUGCAUCAUCUACAUCAUCUUCCACCAUUGCUGCUUUAUCAAACGCAUCUGAUAAAAUGAAUCGUCGUUGUUGUAGUGCUCAAGCAUCAUGGGAUAGUUCCCUUCAUGAUUCAUUACUUAUAAAUGCUGUAACACCUAAUCAUCAAAAAAUUCAACUUACUCUCUCCUGGACUGUCCGUCAGGAUACAGCAAUCUUGUUAUUUGAAAAAGAUAUUUUUGUUCACAUUAAGGACCAUAACAAAUCAGCAUUGAUGAAGAAGCGACUCCCUACUAAUCCAAACAGCAACAGCAAUAAACGAUCUUCUGGAUUGUUCAGUAAUUUUUUUGCGACAAAAUCAUAUUCGCAAAAGACACAAAUAACAAGCUUAUUUGUAAUUCAGUAUAAGCCUGACUUAUCCGGAAAUGCAUUGAUCAGUUUACCUCAUACAUCGUUGCCAUCAGAGAUCCUUCACUUAAGGAAGAAGGAGGAAAUGUACCUUCGAGAAGAAGUUGAAAAUAUUCGUUUUAAAAACUAUCUGCAAGCGCAACUUGAUCGAAUAGUCAAUAGUAAGAUUCAAAAGAAAGAAGGAGAUGAAGGGCUUUGUCUGGUAGACGCACAAAAAAUUAUCAAAAUAUGGAAAAAGAGACAGGAUGACAAAGCCUUCUUAUCACCUAAUUCAAACACAUUGUUUGAAAAUGUUGAUAACCGCAACAACGACAGAAGUACUGCUCUCAUUGUGAAACGGUGGAGACCUCAUGUUCACCAACUUUUAUUGCCUAAUGCAGACAGUAAAUGUAGAAAAGGCUAUCUUCUGGGCAAAAAUAUCACACAUACCAAUAUGGCUGACAAGGAAGACAAGUGGGAAAGAUUUUGGUGUGUUUUGAUAGGGUAA